AUGUCGAAUGCCAACCCCAAUGACAACAACAACGAGCAGCCCCCAGCCGCCAAGAGGCAGCGAUUGUCAGAUGUUGCAAGUAAAGAUGAAAGUACUUUGAAUGAGAUUUCGACUACUAUGGACAGCAGUGAGGGUGAGGUCGGCGGGUCCUCGGGUGGUGGCGUCUCCGAUCUUCGUGAGCUACUGCAUAACAUACUGGUGUGCGUUGUGUGCCGCGAGGUUCCACAACCACACGACUUCUAUCAGUGCAGCCAUGGGCAUAUCAUGUGUGAGGACUGCAAGACCGCCGUUCUGGCUGUUGCCAUCUUCAAUAAAACGCGUGCCUGCUGCCCAAGUUGUCGAUCGCUCAUUAGAAACUACGAUCAGGAGCAGAAUCUAGUGGUGCGCCAGACGCUCUGGGAGCUACCCAUCAGCUGCCCCAGCUGCAAUGACCAGUUCUCAGAUAGGAAAGAUCUCUCCAGACACUUGGAGUUCGUUUGCCCCUACAAGGACAGCGUCUUACAUGAUUCCGACUGUGGGUUUCCCCAGAAGCAGGGAAAGGAGAUCCUAGAUAUUCUGCUGCAUGUCGAAGACAGGGAGCUUGAGGCCCAAAAGCCCGUGUUGAAGCUCCAUCGGGUGCUGAGUGCUAGCCGGGUGGAAUUUUUCACCUUGAGAAUGAAGUGGAUACACCACUCAGAGGGUUUACACCCACGGACCCUCGAAUCUGAGACGAUUCGUGCCUUUGAGGAGGAUUGGGUGCUGCGUCUACGUCUGAAAAGAGCUGGGGAAAAAAUCACCGUCAGCGGCCAGCUAUUGCUUUCGACUACCCCACGAGUGUCCCUCAUGGUUGACCAUUUGAUCCAGAUGCCGCAGAGUGUCUGCAGCGCCAAGCAGCUGCACGACAUACGCCCGCGUAUCUACCGCCAUAUUUUCGAUUCAACCGGCAAGUGCGCAAACCGCCAGGAGCUUCCCUUGGCGGGACCUCAGGCCCUGUACCGGCUAUUUGCCAUGACCCGGAUCCAGCUCCGUUUGUGGAUGUUUUUGCAUUAUUGA